AUGGUGAAAGACAAGUUAUCAGAUUCUAUAUCCAAAUUGAAAGUAUCAGAUACAGGGAAGAAUUUUUCUCAAGGAAGACGAAUUGAAACAAAUCUUUCUACAACUGUGAAGUACACAUGGAUCAUUUGGAAUUUCUCUGCAUUGAAAUGUUACCUCAAAUACUCAGACACAUUUUUUACAGGAGAUCAUCCAUGGCGAAUCAGUCUAUAUCCACAAGGAUUUCGGCCGAACUAUUUGUCAAUUUAUUUGAGUAAUGGUGAUAAAUCUCUUUUACCGGCUGGUAGUUGGAAUAAAACCGUUAGUUUCAAGUUGACUCUCAAAAAUUACUUCUUCUCUGAUAAAGAAAUAACACGAGGUACUAAAUAUGAAUCAGGCAGUGCAAAAGGUCCUGGCUAUGGUUACGCAUCGUUUAUAACUUUAACCGAGUUUCUUGAUCCUAACAACGGGUUUCUUGUGAACGAUUCUUGUACUAUUGAGGCUGAAGUUUGUGUUGUGAAUGAUGGUCAUCAACAUCAUCCUAAUGAUAAUCGUAUAGUGCCUUUGGUUACAAGAAAUAACGACAACAACAACUUAGUGGAUUUCAAGGGUUUAUGCAAAGUGAAAAAAGAUUUUGUUCCACUACUGGAGGAAGCGUGUUCUAAGCAUCCUGAACUUGUUGAAGGUCAGAAAAGGAGAAAUCAGAAUGAAAAGUUUAUUGAAAACUCAUUCAUGGCUUUGGGAAAAGUUCUUCAUUUUCUAAAGGACCAUAAAGAUGUAAAGGAUUGUACUGAUGAUGCUGUUAAGGAGUUUCAGAAUUUGUGGAAGGAACUUGAGUCUUUUGGAUUUGAUGAUCUCACUUGGUUGGAAAAUGAUGUUAAAAUCUAUAUGGUGAAAAAGUUGAACGAGAAUGUUGAUCUUGGAGGAGAAAAAGGAGAAUUGUUGAAAGUAGAUUAA